GGUCUCGCGGUGGAGAGCUGCUUGAAGAGGGGCUAAGUCUUCCUCCGGGGUCGGAGUCCGGGAUCCCAUGUUCCCCUGCUGCUCUUUUCUUUGCAGGAGCCAGGCAGGGGUGGGGUGGGUAAGGAGAGAAAUGGGGAUCGCCAGAAGAGAGGGAUAGACAAAGGACGCAGAAGCAAGUCCCUCGGCUGUUCAGCCUGCCAGCUGUGGGAAGAUCUGGGCAAGAACUGGGCAGAAGAUCCUGGAGAAGGAAACCAUUACCACUUCAGAGAUUCAGCCCUGCAACUUCAGAAACAUCCAAUACCAGGAGGCUGAAGGUCCUUGAGGACCUUGCAGCCGACUCUACAAUGUUUAUAUUAAAGUCAAUGGCUGAGAUUAGAAAAGCAUACUAAAACCCAAAUGUUGGAUCUGGUGGUUCUGGAGCAGCUCCAGGCCCUUCUGCCCCUGCCGAUGAAGAGCUGGGUGCGGGAGUGUGGAGCAGAGACCAGCUCCCAAGCGGUGGCCCUGGCGGAAGGCUUCCUCCUGAGUCAGGCAGAGGAACAGAAGGAGCAAGUCGAAUUGCAGUCUUUCACUCUGCAGACCAGAGAUCCUAUGAGAAGGAGGAAUGCAUCAAAUCCCCCUCGGGAGCUGUUUUCCAGGAGGAUCUAUCAGGAAUCCACAAGUCAGGACAUCUCAUAUGGGAAGAAUACAAUGAAUUUGACUCCUUUUUAUGGUGGUGCUGAAAGACUGGCUGAAGCGCCAACUCAAGAAAGUCUUGUGUCCUUUAAGGAGGUGGCUGUGUAUUUCUCCAAAGAGGAGUGGUCUCAGUUGAAUGUUGACCAAAAAGCACUGUAUCGGGAAGUCAUGCUGGAAAAUCAUAGGAACGUGGCCUCUUUGGGUAAUAACGGAGAAGAUGAUGAAGAUUCGAGGGAAUUGUUGCAAAUGAUCAGUCGUGGAUACAAUACAAAGACCCCUAUAAUUCUAAUGGAAGUAGAAAGCGAUGAGAGAAACCAGUCAAAUAAUUACAAUCAGGAAAGUUUAUCUUCUAUUCAUGCAACACUGAAAGCCUCUGUGAUCCAGGAAGGAAAAAUAAAAAACAAACAUAUUGGAAAAUGUACAAAACUAUUCAUAAACGAAUUAGAUGAAGAUAAACGUUAUCAAAACCAAACAAAAGGAGAAGAUUAUUUAUGUAGAGACAAUGAAAAAAUUCGUAAAUGGACGCAGUCUCUUCCUCAUAAAAAUGAGUCCCGUACAUCUCAAAAAAGAACCCACACAGGAGAGAAGCCACAUAAGUGCAUGGAGUGUGGAAAGAGCUUUAGUAGGAAUACUUACCUUAAAUGUCAUAAGAGGAUCCACACAGGAGAGAAGCCGUAUAAAUGCCUGGAGUGUGGAAAGAGCUUCACUUUUAGUACUUCUCUUACUUUGCAUUCCCGGAUCCAUACAACAGAGAAGCCCUAUAAAUGCAUGGAGUGUGGAAAGAGCUUUACUUGGAGCAACAGUCUUACUUCCCAUAAAAGAAUCCACACAGGGGAGAAACCCUAUAAAUGUAUGGAGUGUGGAAAGAGCUUCUCUCUUAGUAGUUCUCUUAUUUCGCAUUACCAGAUCCAUACAGGGGAGAAGCCCUAUAAAUGUAUGGAGUGUGGAAAGAGCUUCUCUCUUAGUAGUUCUCUAACUUUGCAUUACCGGAUCCAUACAGGGGAGAAGCCCUAUAAAUGCAUGGAUUGUGGAACUACCUUUAUUCGGAGUAGGAGUCUUACUUCCCAUAAAAGGAUUCACCAAUGGAACAAGAUGUAUAACUGCAAGGACUGUGGAAAGAGCUUUCCUACAAACUGUCAACUUAACAGUCAUAAGAAGAUCCACACAGGAGAGAAGUCCUAUGAAUGUAUGGAGUAUGCAAAGAGCUUCGGCUCACUCAGAAAUCUUUUUUUACAUAAAAUGAUCCACACAGGGGAAAGGCCUUAUAAAUGCAUGGAGUGUGGAAAGUCCUUUAUACAGAGAAUUCAUCUAACUUCACAUUCAAGAAUCCACACAGCAGAGAAGCCCUAUAAAUGUAUGGAAUGCGGGAAGAGCUUCUUAUCUAGUGAUUCUCUUACUUCCCAUUGCUCGAUCCAUACAGGGGAGAAGCCAUAUAAUUGUACAGAGUGUGGAAAGAGCUUCUGUCAAAAUUCUUCUCUUACUCUUCAUAAACGAAUCCACACAGGAGGGAAGUCUUAUAAAUGCAUGGAAUGUGGAAAGAGCUUCUCUACGAACAAUGAUCUUAUUGUACAUAUAAAGAUCCAUAGAGGGGAGAAACCAUAUAAAUGCAUGGAGUGUGGAAAAAGCUUUAUUAAGAACAGUCAACUUAUUUACCAUAGUAGUAUCCAUACAGGGGAGAAGCCGUAUAAAUGCAUGGAAUGUGGAAAGGGCUUUAUUAAGAACUCUCAACUUAUUUACCAUAGUAGGAUCCAUACAGGAGAAAAGCCCUAUAAAUGCAUGGAAUGUGGAAAGAGCUUCUCUAUGAACAGUGCUCUUAUUGUACAUAUAAAGAUUCACCGAGGGGAGAAACCACAUAAAUGCAUGGAGUGUGGAAAAAGCUUUAUUAAGAACAGUCAACUUAUUUACCAUAGUAGUAUCCAUACAGGGGAGAAGCCCUAUAAAUGCAUGGAAUGUGGAAAGGGCUUUAUUAAGAACUCUCAACUUAUUUACCAUAAUAGGAUCCAUACAGGAGAGAAGCCCUAUAAAUGCAUGGAAUGUGGAAAGAGCUUCCCUAAGAACAGUGAUCUUAUUGCACAUAUAAAGAUCCACAUAGGGGAGAAGCCACAUAAAUGCAUGGAGUGUGGAAAGAGCUUUAUUAAGAACAGUCGACUUAUUUACCAUAGUAGGAUACAUACAGGGGAGAAACCAUAUAAAUGCAUGGAAUGUGGAAAGAGUUUUUCUACAAACAGUUACCUUAACACCCAUAAAAAGAUCCACACAGGAGAGAAGCCUUAUAAAUGUAUGGUGUGUGGGGAAAGUUUUAUUAUGAACCAUUCUCUUAACUCCCAUAUAAGGACCCACAUAGCGUAGAAGCCAUAUAAAUCUGUGAAAUAUGGAAAAAGCUUCAAGAUGAGCAGUGGCCGAAAGCCCCUUGACAGAUGCCUAUGGAGAUUCUUAUAUCGGUGGUUCUAUAUACAACAGCUGUCGCCCCUUCUUCAUUGCAGAGUUUGUUGGCAAAGCUGGCAAUGAGGGAAAAAUGCAAUUUGUGCAGCUCCAGGAGUGGCUAAGAGACAGCUAAGAGAACCACCAGAUAAGAAUGAGAUCUCCCUGUCUGAAAAUCAAAAUAAUCAAAAUUGUGGAGGAGACAAAUCAAAAUAAGAUGCAAGAAAAGAAAGAUAAAGAAGAGAAAGGAUUAAUAAGUAGGAAUCAAAUAGAAAAUGCUUUAGGAGUUUACAGUAGAACAGAGGAAAAAAUAAAAAUCUCUUUUUAAAAAAAGAAAGGUUUAUGGAUGGGUGCUCAAAUGAUGCAGCAGAAGAAGACAAGGGAGAAAACCGAAGGGAAUACUCAGUGGGUAUAAAAAUAAUAGAGUUAUAAGAUUCCAAGAGAGAGAAAUAAAAGGGCGACCAAAAAGUCAACAAAUGAUGGAACUUCAAAAAGAUUAAGAGAUGAUGGAUAGAGAUAAAAUAUAUUAACAGGUGACUGUAUAAAAGAAAAAAGUAGAAAACACAAAUAGGGAAAAUAGUAGUAUAUAUGCUGACAGACAAUAGAAUUUAUUAUAAUCAAAAACAAAGUAAGGUUAGAAGGUGAAAUCUUAAGAUUAGGUAACCUAAUUGUAUUAUUAACAGUGUGGGCCGUGAUGGAAAUCUCUGGUACGCAUGACACAGGUGGCAUGCAGUGCCCUUUCUGUGGCCACACAAGUUGUCGCCCCAGUUCCGCCGCUGGUUGUCAGGUCUCUGCUGUGCAUGCGCAGGGGAUGGGGCAUGUGUGUGUAUGGGGGUGCACAUGCGCGGCAGGCAUGAAUUGCAUUUUAAGGGUUGGGGAGGUGCCCGUAUGCCCAUUUGGACACUUGGUUCGGAAAAGGUUAGCCAUCCCUGCAGUAGGGGAUAACAAAUAUGUGGUAUAAACAAAUGUUAUUGAUGUUUGAAUGAAUUUAUGAAAAAAGUGAUAAAGAAUCAUUAAAUACAGAAUGGUAAUGUUGAAGUUGGAAGAUUAGGACGAUGUAUAUUUAACUGUAUUAUUGCUAACAUUGUGUAAAAAGGGCAUUGACCCAUUCAAUACACUGUCCACAUAAUAUGUAUGGUGUUAAAGGAAAACCACAAAUAAAACAAUACAAAAAAAAAAUGCCUAUGGAGAUUCUCAUACAUCCAGGUCUUCGUUGUCUGAAAGGUACUUUUCCUAAAGGCAACUGGAUUUUCUUUGGGUUUUCUUGAAAAUCUUUCGCUUCUCAUCCAAGAAGGAUCUUUUGUUCUGAAGAAGCAUCUCCCUGGAUAAAAAGCGAAACAUCUUCAAGAAAAUAGAAAUUCCAGUUCCCUUUUGAAAAAGUACCUGUGGGAGCCCUUGACAAAUCCACAGAAGAGCGAAAAGGGUUUUUGUAUAUAAACAGAGAAGAUAGAAAUAGAUAUAUCCAGUAAGAUAGAAAUAGUGGCUUACCUAUAGUAAUAGGAACAGAAUAAAAUAAGCAAGGUGUGGUUAGCAUUAACUUUACAAGUAAGGAGCGGGAGUUUUUAAGUGUAAUAAAUUUUAAGCCGUAACAUUUGUUUAUUGGCAAAUAUUUGGCGGAAAUGUGCCUAAUAAAAUUUUUGAGGGGAAAGCAAAUGCUGUCUGUAUGUUUACCAUAAUGAGAAAAGCCGUAACUAUUGCUUAUUGGCAAAAAAAAAUAGGGUGGGGGGCAAACUUCUGAGUUUCAGAGAUUCCUGCUGUUUAUUCAAAUAGUAACCUUGGAUGAAUCUGUCAAAAUGGAGAAAAGGCACCAAUUCAAGUUUUCUGCCAGUUAUUGUCCAAUUUUGCAUUAGAGAAAUGGAAAUCAGAGUAGCAGUCACACAAAAUUAGACAACAAUUGUA